ACGAAAAACCCUAGAUGCCCACGCUCAUGUCGAGAAUAUGCUUUGAGUCCAAAUUUUCAGGGUUCAUGGCGCUGGCGCUGCGCUCUCGAUCGGCUCUUCGAAAGGCUGCCCCGGCAUUUUCAUUCCACAGCGGAGCUGAGACCGCCGGAUCUGGCGCCGAUCGGCGGACUGGAGCCGCCGCCGCGGCGACUGGAGCGGCGAUUUUGGCAGCAGUGGCGACGAUCUACUCGACCUGGAAGAGCGAGACCGCUCGUAGCGACGCUGGGGAUUUCGCAUUGGAUCCGAACGAAUGGCGGAAGUUUCGACUCUUAGAAGCGAAGCCUGUGACUCACAACACGAGACGUUACAGGUUUGCCUUGGAUGACGAUGCGCAACUGGGUCUUAACGUUGCUUCGUGCCUCUUGACAAAGGCUGCUAUGGGUACGAAAAAGGAUGGGAAGCCAAAUGUGAUCAUCAGACCAUAUACGCCCAUAAGUGAUCCAGACGUUCGCGGUCACUUUGAUUUACUUGUGAAGACAUACCCCGAAGGAAAAAUGAGCAAAUAUUUUGCUGCUCUUCGGCCCGGCGACACUUUGGAAAUGAAAGGUCCUAUUCCCAAGCUCCCAUACAGCGCCAACAUGAAAGAACGUAUCGGCAUGAUUGCAGGAGGUACCGGGAUCACGCCGAUGUUUCAAGUGCUUAACGAGAUCUUAAAAAAUCCAGAAGAUAAAACACAGGUCUCGUUGAUCUAUGCCAACUUGACACCGGACGACAUUCUACUCAAGAACGAGCUCGACAAACUAUCUGAAAAGCAUCCAAACUUCAAGGUCCUGUUUGAAGACUAUCAGACUUCCACUCUGGUGCUUCCAAGGAAAACUGACGCAUGUUUACAGGUUUUCUAUGUUGUCGAUAAGCCAACGCGUUACUGGGGAGGAGGAUCCGGCUUCAUCACGAAAGACAUCCUGGUGAAGGGACUACCACCUCCUUCGGACGGCAAUCUCAUCAUGGUGUGCGGGCCUCCGGGCCUCAUGAACCACAUCUCCGGCGAUAAAGCACCAGACAAAUUACAAGGAGAAUUGACAGGUCUCUUGAAGAGCAUGGGUUACACCGAAGACCAAGUGUACAAGUUCUAGGCAUUCUUUUAUUCUCAGGACAAGAACAACACAAUACAAUACAAAGCUCUUUAAAGUCA